UGACCGAACCUUACCUUACUAACGCAAAGGCAGCGCACCCAUGUCGCGAAUCUCGCCCUCUCCCCACCUCCCACGCUUCCUUCCCAGCACUCAGCCAUCCCUCCCACUCCUCUCCCACCAACACCUCGUUCCCUUAUUCCUUCACUGCCGUUGGAGAACCUCCGCGCCGGCAAAAGAACCAGAAGCGAACGAGAAAAGGAGCGUCCCUAUGACCAAUUGGUGGCAGCGGGCGGUGGGGCAGCGCCUCAACUCGGCGGGCGUGGCCUCCUUCGCGAGCGUCGUGGCGCGGGAGCCCCACCUCGCCCUCCCCCACAUCGCCGUCCCGGACAUCCGCUGGAUCGACUGGGCCGACCUGGAGCGCCUCGGCUUCCGUGGCGUCGUCUUCGACAAGGACAACACCCUCACAUCCCCUUACUCCCUCUCCCUCUGGCCCUCUCUCUCCCACUCGCUCAACCUUUGUCGCUCCGCCUUUCCCGGAAAGAUCGCCAUCUUCAGCAAUUCCACCGGACUUCGGCAGUAUGAUCCGGAUGGCUCAGAAGCUAGAGCUCUCGAGGAGUCGAUUGGAGGCAUUCAUGUUAUAAGGCAUGAGAUAAAAAAACCAGCUGGAACAGCUGAAGACAUUGAAAAAUACUUUGGUUGCUCAGCCUCGCUUCUUGUAAUGGUGGGAGAUCGGCAUUUUACAGAUGUUGUCUAUGGAAACAGACAUGGCUUUUUAACUAUCUUAACAGAACCGCUGAAUCUUUCUGAAGAGCCUUUCAUUGUCAAGCAGCUCAAUCCCUUAAACAGCGUGAUAUAUCUGACUGAUGUUCUCACGUACUUAAAAUGGGAAUGAUGGCUUGGGCACCCAGGUGAACGAAGAUGGUCAGAAAAUUGGAAAACGUUCUUGUCAACCGCUGGUACCGGCGAGGACUAAAACCACCCAAGCAUGGUCUCCUAACAGAAGCUAAUCAGUGCACAAAAGUUCCAUCCUUAUGAGAAAUGUUUGGAACAGUGAAAAGAAGAUCAACAAUUCCUUUCAUCAACAUGAAAUCUGGCUACCUCUGUUGGAACACUUGCGUCACUAAACUUGUGUACAUGGGCAGAAAUGUGCAUUUAGGGUGGUUCCAAUUAAUGCUUUUUUGAACUGGAUCACAUGCGAACCAACAUGCUUAUGUCAUUCAACAAGACACAUCAAUCAUCAAAGCAUUUCAAAUCUUCUGAGGAAUA